AUGGCCAUCUCCCGCACGCCUGGCGCCUGGCCCGCUGCGCCCGCGCAAUCACUGGCUGAUCCCCGGACUGCAUGCCGCAUCGCGCUGCUCCGCUCGUUGAGCAUGAGGAUUUUUGUGGCCCCUGAUAUCAUCGCCUCUCCGCCCAAGGGUCCUGCGGUGUUGACGGAAGAUAUCCGUGAGGGUUGCUUCGCUAUGGGUUUCUCAGGCUUCACGCACACCGGCUUCCUCGGUGGGAAGAUCGGAGGAAAGGCUCUUCAGACGGGCGUCUGCAUCACCGCCGCCUCCGGUUUCCUCCUUUUCGG